CACUCAACAUGUCAUCAUCCCACCAUGGCGCCUAUUCACUACGAAGAAGACAUUGAAGAUGCAAACGACAAAUACCACGAGUCGUCAGAUGAAGACUUCAAUCCCAACGAAGCCCCCGUAGAGGACGCAUCCAGCUCUUCCGACGACGAAGACGCAACCUCGAAACCCACACAGCGCAAGGCCAAGGGCAAGCGGAAGGCGCCUGUUGAAGAUGAACUUGAUUCCGGCGAUGAGGUGACAAUAGAGGCUGCAAAGAAGAGGAAGGCAAGAAAGAGGAAGAAGGGCGCCAAGGACGACGAUGAUGCAGACCUGCUGCUGUCAGACGAAGGCGGCGAGGGCGGAUUGGUCAAGACGAGGGCGCAGAGGCGGGUCGAGCAAAAGGAACGGAGACCACUCGCCAGGACAGAAGGCGCGACCGUCGAUGUCGACGCGCUAUGGGCACAGAUGAUUGCAGCGCCCGUCGCGCCUACACACUCCACCGAGCCACAAGAACCGAACGCACCGAAAGACCAAGUUGCGCAUACCAUCGCUGCACCAACCAUCGCAGUCGACGAGGAGGAGCAAGUCACAGUCACCAAGGUCUACACAUUCGCCGGGCAGAACACAACCGAGGAAAAACAAGUCCCGCGAUCAUCCCUCGACAAACACCUCUCUGACGGAUGGAAAACCGCAGACGCUCCCACAAAGCCCAGCGACGCCGAAAAAAGCACCCACUCCAGGAUCCGACGUCCUCUUCGCCGCCCCUCACGCUUCGACCCCAACCCAACAGGCUACGUCCGCGCCCUAGCCCCCGAAUUUCAACUCUCAUGGCCGCGAACCACACUUCCCGCAUCACACGCAAAUAUGCCACCACCAGAAGCGGCAAAAGCCAGGGUCGAAAAGGCGCAAAAGCUCAAUGUCGUCGACAAGUCACGCAUGGAUUGGACGGGUUUCGUGGACAAAGAGGGCAUCGCCGAAGAACUGGAUACACAUGGCAAGACCAAGGAGGCGUACCUGGGCAGGAUGGACUUUUUGGCUGGCGUGGAGGCGCGCAAGGAGGAGGAGAGGAAGAGGGUCAAGAUUGCUGCUGCUGCGGCUAUUUCGUGAUCAGACUGUUUUUCUUUUGCAUUUGGUGUUGAAUUAUACCCACUAUUCUUGUUGUAAGCUGUUGGUGAAAUCUGAUACCGAGAGAGCUCGGUGCUGUUUCUAUAUAAAUGCCUUUCGACAUUUGAGCGAUUAUGCCCAGGACAGCUACGAGUGGCUUUAUAUUCAAAUAUCUAUUCAUCCUCGU